AUGUCCGAUCUCCCCGUCCUCAUCAUCGGCGCAGGGAUCAGCGGUCUGACCCUGGCCCAGUAUUUACAUAAGUCCGGGGUUCCGUUUCUCAUCUUUGAGCGGGAUUCCUCGAUCGAUAUCCGUAGCGGUGGAUGGGGUCUGACGCUGCACUGGGGACUGCCGAUCCUGCGGGAGAUGCUACCAGAGCAGAUCGUCGCACGGUUACCCGAGUGCUCUGUGAACAAGGAAGCUUCCGAUAAUGGGGAUGUCGGUCGGUUCCCAUUCUUUGAUCUGAGCUCCGGAUCGGCGCUGUUCGAGGUACCCGCUGCGGAGAGGGUGCGUGUGAGCAGAGGGAGGUUGCGGGAGUUGUUGACGACGGGGAUUGAUAUCAAGUGGUCCAAAACCGUCGUGGACGUCACGUCGACAGAGGAGACCGUUACGGCACAUUUUGAAGACGGUGCUUCCUACACCGGCAGUCUUCUCGUCGCCUGUGAUGGCGCUCAUUCUCGGAUCCGUAAACUGGCAUACCCCGACUCGUAUCAGAUGAAUCCACUUCCCGUUCAGCUUCUGGGAGUGACAGUCCGGUAUUCGCCGGAGCAAGCCGCCGGUCUACGGGCGAUCGAUCCUUAUAUCUUUCAAGGAGCUCAUCCAGAAUCGAAUGUCUUCUUAUUCUUCAGCUUCCUCGACACCCCGAACAACUUUGAUGACAGCAGAAAUACCUACCUCUGUCAGAUCAUCGUCUCAUGGGCCGACAAUAAGAACAUUCCACUCCCACCCGACAAUGCUGGACGGAUUGCAUUGAUGAAAAAGUUGACAGCGAACUGGGUCGACCCCUUCCGGUCGCUCGUCCACAAUCUUCCUGAUGAUUCAGAGGCACGCGCAAUCCGGAUCCAGGACUGGAUCUUCGCCCCAGGAAAGAGCCUUCAUCCGCGCGUGGUGAUGAUGGGUGAUUCAGCGCAUACUAUGACCAUGUUCCGCGGCGAAGGUGCCAACAACGCCAUCGCCGAUGUUGGCGAUCUCGUCAAGCGAAUCAAUUUUGCCUCGUCAGAGUCGCUAGCAUCCGAUUCCCUUCGUCGCUCUAUCCAAGAAUACGAGGACGACGUUUUUAGGCGGGCGGAGCCGAGUGUUCUGAACUCACGACAGGCCUGCCUCGAUGCUCACGAUUACCCAAGGAUCUUGAAUGGAAGCCCGCUCGUAGCGAAGAGAGUGCUGGAUUAG